GGCACCGCGCGGCGCCUGCGCGUUCAGUGACCUUUCUGAGUCGUCGGUUGUGGUUGGGUUGGGGCUGCUGGAGCCGCUAGUCCUGCGCCGAGAUGCUUCAGAGCCUUAUCAAGAAUGUUUGGGUCCCCAUGAAGCCCUACUACACCCAGGUUUACCAGGAGAUUUGGUUAGGAAUGGGGUUGAUGGGACUCAUCGUCUAUAAAAUCAGGAGUGCUGAUAAAAGAAGUAAAGCCUUGAAAGCUUCCAGUGCUGCUCCUGCUCAUGGCCACCACUAACCACCUCCGCUCGGAUGGGACGUCGGCCUGGCCGCGCUGCGGGAUCCUGCGGGGCACGUCGCGCCCACUGGCAGCAGUGCUGCUGCCCUGCAGAAUAAACCUACCCGUGAGAUCCACACUGCCUGUGCCGUGACCCUCCCGCCGGCCGGAGUCCCGCUGAGAAAGCCGGGGGCUGAGGGGGGAGAGCGCGAUGGGCGCAGGCGUGGGGGCGGAUCUGGGCACUCGCUCUGGUGGGCAAUAAACAUCUGUUCUGCACGUGA